AUGACUAGCUGUUUUCAAGGUGGAAAAUUUGAUAAAGUUCGAUUAUUAAUAAUGCGUGAAAGACGUCCAUUUGAACAUAAAUUAUUUCAAAUAAUCUUCCGAGACUUUCUUUUUCUUCAACAAUUGACUAUAUUUAAUCGUCAACCACAAGAAAAUAAACAACAUCAUUCGUCUACAUUGAUUAGAUUUAGUCAUCUAUUUAAACUUAAUAUUAUAAAUGCACACAGUGACUAUGUUACACAAUUUUUCUCUGAUAAAAAUACUUGUUUACUUUCUUUAACACAUCUCAUUAUUGAAUAUAAAACAUUAACAACUGUGACAAAUGAUUUUACCAAUGAUAGAACACGUCUCAAUUGUUCAAAAAUAAAAUUACUAUUAACAUGUGAACCACUUGUUCGCUCACCAAACUUUGUUUCAUAA